AUUGUUGCUGUGUCUUAUACGGAUUUGCGGGACCUACUACUGGAGCAAAAAGAACUUCAUAUUUUGGGUUGUAGGACAAUUCUGUAUUCUCUGGAUGAAUAUGCACUUUUUCUCCAUCCAAACCUGUCGGAACCACAUCUGGAGCAGCACAUACUGAAAGCUUGCUUUUAACAGAAAAGCUAGAAUUAAUAGGGGUUUCAGGAGUAACUACUGGACGUUGAUUAUUUUCUUCUGUCUUAUCUUCUUCGUCACUACUACCUGAAUAUUGUUGUAGAGCUAACAUAUUGAAACCAUUCACUUGCUUAUAGUAGAGCGGAAUACGUACAAUUAUAUACAAAAAUCAGGUCAAUUUGAAUACUAUUUUAUACUUUUUAAAAACAAUAACAUGCAAAUGACAACUUCUAAUUGUCUGAUUGCUCUCUACUUCACUUUUAUAUUGUGAUGAAAUCAUGUCUAAAGCAUUGCUAGCCACUCAUAGAUAACGAGAGCUUUUCUACAAUAGUGAAUAAGUGACAGUACCGUUGCGUUAUAAAUAUUACAACUACCAACUGAACAUGUAUUUGUCAAAUUAUUAUAGGUCUGUCAUUUCCAAAUGUAAUUUCUAUUCAUAUAAGAAUUAUUAGCGGGGGGAUAGUUUUAUAACCUCUAAUCUGAUAAUGAAGUGAUAAACUAAACAUUGGAUGAAUAAUUCUGUUAAAAAUAAGAAGAAGAAAUCGAGCUAAGAGUAUUUUGAAUUAAAUAUGUUCAAAACUGUAAAAUUUUGUUUAAUUAGCCUCUCGAGGCAUAAUCAAUUACAGGUAAUUAGAAAUCUUUGUAAUAAAUCAAAUUUAUUCCAAAAUAUUCUUAUUCCCAAUAUACAAGUGAAUUCAAAUUUUAAUAGCAGUAGUGUUGAUUUUAAUUUAACAAAUACUAAUGUACCUAAACCAUUAAGUGUACAUGAUACAAUUACUUCAAUUCAACUCAAAAAGAGGGUAAUUAGAAAGAAAAAAUCUUUAGAAGAGGAAGAGAAGAAACCUGGUAAUUAUAACGUUGUAGCAUUUGCAACUGCGGAAGAAUACAAUUUAGAAAAUUUGUUCAAUGGCUUAGUCAAACAAAAUUUAUAUGAAGUUAAGAAGAUAGAUAAUAAUUCAGAUGCUCUACAUGCAACAGCCAAAUAUAAAGUUGAUAGAGAACAAAGAGAAAUAUUUUUCUUCAGAGAUGGUAGUGUUGUAUUUUGGAAUAUUGCGGAUCUUGAAAGUAGUAAUGUAUUGGAGUUUUUGAAGCAAUAUGAAGAGGACAGCUAUUCUGAACGACUGGUUCAAUCGGAAUAUGAAAUAAUGAAUUAUAAAUAUUUUUCUGCUAACAAUAAAACAAGUUGUAUAGAUAAGGAUGGCCACUUCAUUCUAUCUCCAAGUGAAAAUGAUUCCACACUAACUAAAUACACAUUUUCAAAUGCAAUGAUGCUUAGUGUGAAGCUAGGCAUAUGGGAAUCAUCAUUAGAAAGAUACAUUGACGAAAUUGAAUUUGUAACUAAUGAUUUAAAAGAUGGAAAAAUUACUAAGUUAUCAAGACAAGGUGUCCUUAAAAAACAAGGAGAACUGUUUGCACUAAGACAUUAUUUAAAUUUGAGCUCCGAUGCUUUGGACACACCAGAUUUUUAUUGGGAUAAUGAAGAAUUGGAAAAUUUGUAUAAUCAAGUAUGCAACUAUUUUUGUAUCAACAAAAGAUCCAAAGUAAUGAACGAGAAGAUAAACUACUGCGUGGCACUAAUAGAACUUCUUUCAUUUCAUUUAAGUGAUAAGCAUCACGAAAGGCUGGAAUGGAUGAUAAUAGCCCUUAUAGCAGUUGAAGUUGCCUUUGAAAUAAUACACUAUAUAGAUAAAUAUGCAAAUUGAAAUUCCAACUUGUAAAAUUAGGCUCGUUGUCACUAAUAAGUAGACAUGGGUUGUUCAAAAUGAUUUUUUAAUUUUUUGUACAUCAUUCAAAGGAAGGAAAUAAAAAAAAUUAUCGACAGUUUAAA